GGAUCUCCGCGAUCUUGCCGAUUUUUCGACGCUUUUCCCGCUAGACCAACCAAAAAACAAUCUUUUUAUAAAAAUCAAAUCUAGCCAGCGCGGAAUUCAACUCGCCAAGCGCAGCGCUCUAUAAGAUUUCAGAUCUCUUCGUGUAUAAUUUUAUACAUAAUUCCCAAAAAUAUAAUGCCAAAAAGCGAUAGACAUCGGCGUGUAGAGGUCAGUUCUAUUCACGCUUGUCGCGAUCGCGGUCUUGAGUUGGAAAAAAGUUGCUUUCUUUGAGCGAACCGCAAUUCUAUCUUUUUUGGGUAUUCCUGCAGAUACGCGGAAAUUUCAGUGAGUGUUCGUUGAAUUCUGGUCACAUGUGCAUAGUGAAAGUUCGCAAAGGGCCCGGUAGCCGUUGUCCCAGUGUUUGGUUUCGCCAAGUGCGCGUCUGAAGUUCAAUCCAGUUUUGUGAGAUUCCCUGAAGUCUGCCGUUUGGGCCGUUCGUCUACAGUUUUCCAAGUAGUUUUCCGCGGAAAACGCACCGCUCGUAUGCAUACUAGCGCGAAACCACGUUUCUAUGUGAAAUCUCUUAUCUUUAGCAGCAAUAUCUGAAUGCUUUGUGUGUGGUGUCGUAUGACUAAAAAGUUUCUUAGUGAUAUACCCGAAACUGUACAUAUGAGUGUGUCUUUCUCGUUCUGUUACUUCAGUUGUUAACAUCCGCGUAAUCUUUUUUGAAUAUUUACACUCCUCAAAUAAAUGGGAAAAACGUUGGAGCGGCAAUGCAUAUAAUAACUUCAACAAAAGCUUUUUGUCAUACCUACACACAUCUUCGUUACACCUUCAUCUUCCCCAAUACUAUUGAUGCUUAAAAUUCCCCCAGCUUUAGAUAUUCUAUCUAGCCGCUAAUUAUUGCCUGAAGCCAUCAUCAUAAAGGAUUCAAAGAAAGAAAACAGAAAAAUCACAGAAAUAUUUUGCAAAAUAUUAAAAUUCUCGAAAUAAUUGUUACAAAUAUAAAAGAAAAAAACAAAAAAGUGUUAGCUUCCGUGCGAGAAAAGAUAAACGACCGCAAAGUGAAGUGCUUAGAAUUCCUUAUCCCCCCUUAAUACCAGUUCUCUCAGAAUACGCCAUCCACGCUGUGUAUCGCUUAAGCUUUUGCCAUUCAAAACAAACAACAAAAUAUAACUUUAUAAUAAAUAAAAAGAAAUAGAACAACAAUUGCAACAACAGAUUAAUCCGUCAAAGUAUUGUACUAUCGAAAUCUAGAAAGGAAAUAUUUAACUUAAAGAUAUUUAAAAUACACACAACCAACGAAUCAAAAGUUUAUUAAAAAGUAAUUUUCUAGUCUUUCGGUUUGCCAUAAUUUAUACAAAAAUAAUUUUUAAUAUAUUUAAAAAGUUGCGAAUAUUUAAUAAAAGAGAAAAUUCAAAUCGUGAUAAUCCUUGUGAAUUGAAAAAUAAAAUUUCGUACGUCGUUUCAUCCCAUUUCAUACUAAAAAGUCGCAUCUGAUUUGAUAGAAAGUCUUAUUGCUUCCCGUCAGAGGAAAUUCAUCAGGAAAGUCGUGAGGAAAAUAGAAUUCAAGUGAUCUGUGCGUUUCGUGUGUCAUUCAAUAAAUUUUUUUUGAAAGUUCGCCGCGCGAUAUACGUCAUUUUGUCGUAAUUUUGAACGGAAUAAAAUCAUUUAAAACGCCGCAUAUUGCUGUCAUCUAAGUUUUUGAUUUGAAAAUAAAUAAAUCAAAAAUUCAAUUUUUAGAAAAAGAAAGAAUACAUGAAAGAAAACAAAUCUCAUCAUCAUCUACAUCGACCGAUUUUGUGAUAUUUUCAACAAGAAAAGAUAUAAAAAAAAGCAAGUUAUCAACAAAACGUAAUAGGAUCAUCCUACGGCAAAAGUUUUAAGUAGCGAAAGGAGUAGAGAGUAGAAAGUGUGAAGUUGGAUUUAGUAUAUUUAAAAAUAAAAGAUAGAAGCAGUUCUAGAUGUGUAAAAUAUUUUUGUAUUGAAAAUUUCAAUGGUGUUACUGUACCGUUAUUCUAAUUUAUAUAUCUAAAAAGCAAAGAUAAGGAAAGUGAACAAAGUGAAUGAGAGCAAGAGAGCAAAAUAGAAAUCUUGACCUUCCAGCGUUCAGCGUAAUAAGUUACCCAGUUUAGAAUUGAGAAGUCACAGUUUUUCUAAUAGAAUCUUAAAUAGUUACACAACCACUAAAUACUAACAAACGGAAUUAAAAAAAAAUCCAAACCAGUUGUUGGGAAAAUCACUUCCUACAUGGAAUACAUAAAGUGAAAUAUUACGAAUAAUCCUAAAAAUAGUGAAAAUAGCAUAAUAAGAGAAUAAAAAUAAAAUAUCCUCUUGUAUAAAUAAAAGGAAAAAAAAAUAAACAUAAAAAAAAGAAAGUUCCAUUAUAAAUCACAAAACUAGAAUUUUAAAAUAAAAAUAUGGCGGCCAUGGUUAAUAUGAAUAACCUGUUGAAUGGUAAGGAUUCGCGUUGGUUGCAGUUGGAAGUGUGUCGUGAAUUUCAACGGAAUAAAUGUUCACGUCAGGACACCGAAUGCAAAUUCGCUCAUCCACCAGCAAAUGUUGAAGUGCAAAAUGGAAAAGUGACAGCGUGUUAUGAUAGCAUCAAGGGGCGUUGUAAUCGCGAAAAGCCACCAUGCAAAUAUUUUCAUCCCCCACAACAUCUUAAGGAUCAGUUAUUAAUAAACGGAAGAAACCAUCUUGCCUUGAAAAACGCUUUAAUGCAACAAAUGGGCAUUUCGCCUGGACAACCAGUGAUGCCUGGACAAGUACCGGCUGUGGAUGUCCAGAACGGAACAACAUCUGUACAACGUCUGGGAUUCUCAAUGGCUGUUGGAGCACAACCUGUUAUGGCGACAAGUCCCUAUUUAACGGGCAUUCCUGCAAGCACGUAUAGCCCAUACUUUGCGCCAGGACACCUAGUGCCUACUUUAUUAGGACCAGAUCCAUCGACAGUUGCAUCACAAUUAGGUCCAGUUGUACCGCAAGCAGUUCCUGUUGCACAACAAAAAAUUCCUAGAUCCGAUCGAAUAGAGGUGUGUCGUGAAUUCAUGCGGGGUGCCUGUAAGCGAGCUGAAUCCGAAUGCCGUUUUGCUCAUCCACAGGAGAGCGUAACAACACAUGAAGACGGUUCCGUCACGGUGUGCAUGGAUGCCGUGAAGGGUAGAUGCGCUCGUGAUCCCUGUCGCUACUUCCAUCCCCCCCUCCACCUUCAGGCGCAAAUAAAAGCAGCGCAGUCACGCGCUACCGCGACUGUACCAGUUUCUGCUGCCGCGGCUGCUGGUCCAAUAUUGACUGCAGCUGCUGCUGCCACUUUGACACAUCCCAUCCCAACGCCAGGGGCUGCACAACACCAUGCUGUCACAAUUGGCCAUACGCUGGAAGUUGGCAAGAAGCGUGCAGCUGAAAAUGACAUGUUUCAACUGAUGGAUAUGAAAACGGUUGGUUCAUUUUACUAUGAAAAUUUCGCAUUCUCUGGCAUGGUACCAUAUAAACGACCUGCAGCUGAAAAAUCUGGCAUACCUGUCUAUCAACCAGGAGCGACAACCUAUCAACAACUGAUGCAAUUGCAACAACCAUUCGUACCAGUGUCAUGUGAGUACCCAAACCCAACUCCUACUACAACUACAACAGCAAUUCCACAACCACCACAAUCAUCCACUACAACCAUGGCAAAUCAAAUUGUUGCUAAUCAUAAUAAUAAUAAUUAUAAAUUGAAUAAUUUAAUCAAUAGUAGCAGUAGUACUAGUAGUAAUAUAAAUAAUAACAAUAGCAUUAUCAGCAACAGCAACAUAAAUAAUAAUAAUUCCAAUAUCAGCAACACCAACAGUAACGGCAUCGUCGUUAGCAACAGCAACAACAACAAUCAUUUAUUGAGUAACAAUAACCUUAGUAGCAGUUUAACAAAUCUUAGUAAUAGCGCUAGCAACAGUAAUAGUACAGCUAUUAGUAGCAGUAAUGAUAUUUCCGUAACUAGUGCAUCAAUACAGACUUCGCAAACUAGCCCAUUGGCGACUAGUAAUGCCACUAACAGCAGUCCGAAUAGCUUGAGCAAUACUAACAGCGUAGACGGCAGCUCUGCUAUUAACCAUAACAAUAAUAAUACUAUCACUAGCAGCCAGACUAACUCCACCCCCACAAUAACGACAACAACAGCUGUGGUUUCAAGCAUCACAGCCCCAACAGUCAGCACUGUUGAGCAACUUUCUGUAAAAAAUGAGUCUAUAGCUACUUACAAGCCAGCAAGUGUCGAAAUCACUGCUGCUGUAACAACGCAACAACAAACGCAUACACUAACCCACGCUCAAAGCUAUACAACUAACCAUGCAUAUACCAAUCACCAGAUCACACAUCCCCAAAUCCAUUCGCAAACGCAUCAACAGCCGCUUUUGCAGACUCCUCCAAUGACUCCUCAAAGUUCGCUUACCUCCUUGCAACACCAUAACACAACUCCUGUGCAUCACAAUCCUGUUACCUCCCAGACGCAUCUGCAUGGCUCGCUAUUCUCGCAUACGCCAACCCAUCAUCCAAUCUCGACGGCUUUCACAGUACCGCCAACUUCAACCAUAAGCUAUUCAACACACUUUCCAAUCGUGACGCCUCACCACCCUGCAACAUACUAUCCUGAUCCAGCAACUAUUGCCAAAGAGGUGGCCCAGAAGAACUACGCAAACGCAUUGAAAAUGGCCGCUGCAUCGAACGCUCUCUCUGGCAAGCCUUUGACUGCCUUGAGUUACACUGGAGUUGCCCUCAACAAGGGUGUCCUAACUCACAACCAAGCGGCUACCCAUGCCGCAAUGCAAGCCGCUAACCAUCAAACCGUAGUGAACCCCCAUCAAGUCGCAUUGACUACUGGUCAUCGUUUGGCAACUCAGGUCACAAGCGCUCAUAGUGUUAACUCCACUCCACAUUAUGCCAGCCACUAUUCUGUUGCACGACCACCGGCCACCUAUGUUCAGGCACAACCGGUUUUAAGGCCCCAACUUCCUCAUGCCCUAACUGCCGCUAGUGCAGCUGCUGCUGCGGCUACAAAUCCUUUUGCUGCAGCCGCCGCUAACCAACAGUUUAUGAGCCACCAGCAAAAUCUAUUCUAUCCUGGCCUGAUGGCAAGCUAUCCAUUUGGUAUGACUCAGUCCGGUUUCGCUGGACAUGCCGCCAUGCAUUCAGCGGCUGCAGCAACAGGGGGUUUGACAGCGGCAAUGCCACCCGUUGCAGGGGUUCCACAAGUUGCAGCUGCUCCUGCACCAGGCAGUGCGGUUGUUUUGAAUCCUUACAAGAAAAUGAAGACUUCAUAAGGGAAUUCGUAGGAAGUGAGUGGAGAGCGAUUAUCCUUUCUUCGGACGAAGAAGAAUUAUGGUCGACGUCCAGUGUGUGAGGCGUUUUUAAUGCAACGAAAAAUGUUAAAUAGUAUUUAUAAUAUAUGUUCGAUAUUGUCUUAUGUGCAAUGUACUUGGCAAGUUUCCAUGUGGUUUAUGUGUAAUCUUUGACUAGGAAGAUAGAUGGCAGGAUAUUCUUUAGUCUUUCAGUAGAAAAUAUAGAUAGUUUCCAGAACAAGUUAGGCUUUAACAAAAAAAUGAGAUAAAGUGGAAACCCACGAAAGAUAACAAUUGAAGCAUUUGUAGUCUCCUUGAAAACGAAAAGUUUAAAGAUGAAUCCUUUUGGAUUUCAACUCAGCUUCGGCAAAGUUUAUUCCACCUUGACUAUCUAAGGAUGAAAACAAUUAAACUUUGCCAGAAUUUGUCCUUGGGAAAUUUUGAAUCGGAAACUAAACCAAACACUAGUCCAUCAUUAAUUCACUAUUUGCAAGUAUCUUUUUUUCUAUCUUUUAUCAAAACUUGUUCUGGAUUCUAUAUUACUGAUCUCACUGACCACGGUGUCGAAAUUUUAAUUCUGCCGGACCUCUCACGGUUAUCCUAGAAACGGUACUUAAACGCACAUGGUAAAGUACAUGGAUGUAUAUUUUACGAAUUCUUUUAGAAAUAGGAAGUAUAGAAUAAAUAAAAUGAAUGUGCCUAGAAACGACAUUAUUUCUCUAAUAUAACAAUUAAAGUAUUCGAGUUUAAUAAAAAUUCACAUGCAUAAUUCAACGUACGAGCAAAAAAAUUAAAUUUUUCUUGAAUUUUUUAAGUUAGUUUCUUUCAUAUUUUAUUUACUUAAUAUAUGAAAAUUUUGUGAUGUUUUGUUAUAGUCAGUCUAUUAUUUUAAAUUAAUUCUUUAAAUGUUUAAAUGGCAUAAAAAUAUUUAAAAAAAAAAGUCAACCAACUUCUUAAAGACGAAGAAAAAAAUUUAAAAAUCAUAUAAAGGUCAACCGAAACCAAGUGAUAUAACUUGACGAGUUAAAAGUUACUUAAUUUUCACUGGAAACAUAUUUUGCCAUUUAUAUUGUUAUAAAUUUUAUUAGUUUCAUGAUUAGUAUUUUGUUCCUUCUAAAGAUAGAAAUAAAAACGAAAGCUGUGUUUUUACUUUGUAAUGGAAUUUUCGGAAAAUUCUUAAAAAAUAGGUUAAUAAUUUUUGUUUUAUUUUUAUCUUUUAUUUUGUUUAAUAUUUGCCGGUUCAUCAACAAAACCAUAUUAAAUAUAUACAUGUGAGUGUUGAUCGAUUGAAAAUUGUGUUGAAUAGUCCGUAAAAGUAUAUAUACAUAGUAUAGUUUCAUUUUAAUGAAAAUUUAAAAAAAAAUUGAGAAGAAAUCAAAUAAAAAUAAAAUAGAUUAAAAACACAACGAUAUGACUACAUACAAUCUUGCCUAGAAUGAUAAGAAUGAAAAAUAGUUUUGCCAUAACAGAAAUAUAAAUGGACAAUGAAAAACUAAUGGUCUUUCGAAAAGCGGAUUCAAAUUGCUAUUUCGAAACUAAUAACUAACAAACUAUAAAUCGACCGAAAAAUAAAUCAAAAUUAAAAAAAAAAGUAAAAAGAAAAUAUGAAGUACUGUGAUAGCUUCGUUAUUUUGUUCCUAUGCCAUCAUAGAGUAUCUUUGUGUCCCCUCGUGAGAUCCCCUUCCCAUUAGUACUCAAUGAUACAAAAAAAACCAGCACAAAUAAACAUACAAUCUUCGAACAAGGAUUCACAAGUAUCAUCGUGGCCUAGAAAUUUCAAAGGCUUUUUCAGUCCAAAGUGCCGAUAAUGUUUGAAGUUGAAAAAUUGGUGCAGUGAAAAAAAAAACCUACGAGAACUAAAGUGUUUGUAGAUAGCUAGGGUUCAGUGUGUCUAUAUUAACAUGUCAUUUGAGGAUAAUGAAGAAAUGUUUUAUAGAAGUUAGUUUUCGACUAGAUGGCUAGAUACUAUCCUUGUAGGACUUCAUAGUGUCAUAAACAUAAAGAGUAGAUGUAGAUAUCUUAUUCUGAAAUAUUGAUUUAGGAAUGAUAGAAAGAUACUUAAUUUUUAGUUAAGCUUGUUUUUAUAACUAUUGUUUCCUAUAUUUGAAUAUUAAAAUCGUAUUUUAGUGUUAAUUUUAAUUUUAGUCUCUUUUACCUUAAAUAUUAUAGAAUUUAGGUUCGUAUCUAAUUCUAAUUGACAGGCGUAUUUGCUACUUAAUAUCCACAGGAAAAGUAAAAUAUGAAAGGCUGUUAGCUUUGUGUAUUGAAUGCUUUCUUCAUAUGCGAGUUUUGUGCAUUUGUAGUCAAAUUUGCUAUUUUCAUUGACAAUGGAUGUAAUUUGAUGUGUGGUAGAAAUCGAGGAAACAUAUUGCAGAUUGCUUUUUGGUAAAAGGGAUAUUUGGGAUGCGAAGAUAGUUUUGGAAAUGUUUUGCAAUAUUUGCUAAAAAGAAAACACCUUUCGCUUUUUCCAUUUUGCUUCUAUCUUGUUAAUUUAUAAAUAUAAAGGUUUAGUUACUCAAUCUAUAUAACUGUAUGAGAAUGAGUUUGGGGUGGGGCAAUUGGUUUUCUUUUCAACUUUUUUUAGUUUUUUUUUACUGCUAGUCCACCGAGUUACUAUGAUAUCAUCAGGAAAUCGGUGACAGUGAGACGAGAGAUAAGAUUUUCUGAUAAUGGUGUUGUGGUUGUUCAACAGAAAAUUGGUAUAAAAAUAAAAAACAAAAAACAAACAGGAAAUCCAACUGAUCCAAGCUCAAAUCAUCCACCUCUGUCCUUAAUUUAGAAAGAUCCGUACAAUUAUUUUGGCUCUAACUGUGAACAUGCACCCAGGACAGGUUGCCUUAUCUAAAUUAUAUAAUUAAAAUGUAUACAUCAUUAUAUGUAUUAACUUAUUCGGUGUCAAAAUCCUCAAAUUUGUCUAUCAAAAUAUCAAAAUAUUUGAACGAGACGAUUUUAGGUGAAUUGUCUCCACUUUUAAAAAUAACGACAAAAUUAUUAAAAAGGUUAUUUUAUGAAUUUUUAAUUUUUAAAUAUUUUUCGGGCACUUAUUUCAACAAGUAACGGUUAGGAUCGCGGUUUUGAUCUAGAUUUGUUCCUAAUGAAUCAUUUUUUAUGAUCACUCAACUGAAAAUUGUAGUUAAAUGGAAUCCGCGAAACAAUGGAAAAACGAUUUCGGGCCCGAAGAGUCCAAUUUGGGAGGAGGGCGUUUCUAGUGGAUAAUCUUGCGGAGCUAGUUCAGGACAUUAGCCACCUGGUUAAUGAUGCAUGAAGUAUUUCGCCUACCUUACAUGGUUAGAACAAGUUAUUGCAAAAAUUAUCAAAAUGACGUUUGGGAGAAGAAUUUGUCCUCUACAGUGAAAUCUCAGCGAUCACAUCAACCUCUUCGGUCUUAAAUUCAAUAAAUGAACAUCAGAGUCGAAUUAUUAGCGUUGAAAAUGCCGAAGAAAAAAAAAUAAAAUAAAAAUUCAUACAUUCAUUCAUGGGGUGGGAAGAGGCUUGGGAUUUUCGAUCGCAAUACACUAUUGAAAAACUUGGGAAAAUUUUGAGUCUUCUCAUGAGGGGGUAUUUUUUAGUAACUCCUGCUUUAGCCAACUUUCCAAAUGCAGGUAUGAUACGUCAUAAGAAUCAUAAGAGGAGGCUCGGUCCGUCCGUAUAUCUGUCUACUUGCUUAUCUGUCUGUCUGCCAGCCUGUCACUUUUCUCCGAAACAGUUAUAAGCAUUGACGAGAAAUUUUGGGAAAAGUGUGGAACUGCGAAUCCCGCGUUGAGUUGAAGGUGGGAGUCUUCAUAUAUGCAAAAUAUACCCAAAUAUAGCCAUGUGGAAGAGGUCCCCAUUGGUACUUAUCGAAUUUUUGGAAUAAGUGGCGGAAGUUUGGUGAGAAGGGGAUAUGGGUAAAAAAGCGCAGCACAGAAACUAUUUAGCAGAAAAAUCUUGAAAAAGAAAGCUUAAAUUGCCCCUAUAUCGCAUGUGGAUGUGAAAACCAUGCUAAUAUCUGUUCAACCAAAAUUAGUAAUUCUAUAUAUGUAUAUUUUUUGUAAAGUAACUAGAAAACUCAUCCUUGAAUCCUACAGUCGGCCACAUAGAUUUUAAUAUGGAAUGCAAUAUUGGAAAGUUUGGUGGAAAUCUGAAUGGUAUUAGCGAAGUUGUAGUAGGUCUAAAUUCUCUUUUUGGUGUAAAUUUUCGAUUUUCGCCUCCCGAGAAAAGUUCGGAGGAAAAUGAAUUUGAUGGCCAUAACUUUUUCAAUUCCAUCUACCUAACUUAAGUGUUCUUUUUCGAAGUGCUUGACUUUCUUCUACAUUUUGGCAUCUGGCUCAUAUGGUUUACUGCCAAUACCUCCUUCCUCCAGCAUAAAGAGUUCCAACAAAACGAGUUUCAUUUUUGAUUAUUGAUCUCACAGUCACACCAAGUAAUAUUAGGUUUUGUUUCAAAAAACCUGCAGCUAAUUUACACAAAAACGUAUUGAGCAAUACCGGCUUCCUUGAUUCUAAAUUUAGAGUUUGCGAGAUAUUUUUUUUUAUCUUUGGCAGAAUAGGGAGGCCAAUGAUGAAACAAUAUGAACAAUAACGUUCGUUAUCAGAUGAAAAGAAAAACUUCAAAAGCAUUUGGAAUCAAUUCCUUCCUGUGAAUUAUUCGUUCAAUAUUUGUCGGCUUUGCCGAGCUAGACCAACCCAAUCUACGCAAGCAGGCUCAAAAGCUGUCCAUCUCCAUAUGGUUAGUGUCGGCCUUUUUACUAUUGUGAUUUGAAGGGGUUAAUAUUUUCUAGGUCAUGGGUAAACCGUACCGACCUCGAUCUCCACAGUACCACAGUUCUCCGCUAUGUUAUAUUUGAUGGGUAAUCCGGUGUGCAGAAAGCAUCCUUUUUUCUUAAAUUGGAAGUCGCUUAAGAGAAAAGCACACACAUUUCCUACUGUUUACCUCUUUUUCCUGUUCGAUGAUUGCUAAGACCCUGCCCGCCAACAGGGAAGAAAAGAGGAAGACACCGUAACAAAUUGGUUUUAAUUUUUGGGAGAUGUUUUUACUACGGGCUCAUUGUUACACUGAAAAUGUUUCAAAAAGUGCAGUCGUGGGAAUAAUUUAGGAUUUCACAUUCACACAUGAUACUGUCCAGAUGAAGUUUGGGUUGGGAAACAUUCCCGAGAUUCUAAUUGCCUCUAUCUCUUAAUUUGGACAAGCUAAAACACAGCUAGUACCUAGCGUCCGCCUUUUACACAAAAAUCAAAGCAGAGACAAACCCUGUUCACUCCCAGAAGAAUCCUGCUGGAGCGAUUCAUAAUUACUGGAUUGAGAUAAACGCAUAAUCCAGUGUUGUAAUAUGUGGGCAAAACGUUGAAUGUGGGAAGGAUUCAAUACUAUUUAGUUCUUUAAGCGUUUCCUGACGUAUUAUCACUUUGGUAGAUUUUACUUUUUUUCAGGAUCCCGAUAGUAGUUGCAGCACUAACCUCCGACAGAAGAACUGGACAUCGGGUCUUAAUCGGUUUGAUCACCUUGCUCGACCAAUAAGUACCUGACCCAAAGUAGCAUAGCAGCACCGAUCGAUCGCAAUGCUGGCUAUGACGCCUAUGACAGUAAAUUGGCGGAAUUUGAUUCUAUAUUCAAUAUGUGGUCGCGUUGUUGCUAGUGAAAAAGUGUUACGUUUUAAUUCCUUAAAAAAUUCUAUGACAUUCCUUUCCCAGGAUCAUAACUCUUACCUUGUAUCCUUCACUGUCUAUCUGCUUCUUAGCAACUUUACCCUCUCUUAAUUCAUCAUUCAAAAGUUGUUUCUAUUCCCAUUUGGGAUGGCGCCUCUUCGGUUGUAAUAAUUUUAUUAUCGAGUGCCAGAAUUUCACUUCCAAAUCCUGUUUGAAGAGACUUUGAAUGAGGGCAAUAAAAUGGGAGAAAAUGUUUCAGAAAGAAUCAUGUUUAACGAGCGCCAAUCUAUCGUCCCAAUUUUUAUUUUCAAAUUUUGUUUCAAUUUUUUUUUUAUUUUUCUAUUUUUUCCGCCCCUGGAACCAUUUUACAGCCCCCCAAAUAAUUGGAAAUUGUGAUUUUUUCGCUUGAAUUCUGUAUUAUAAAAGGAGUGUCAGUGUCCCCCAGUUGAACUGAAAGCACCAUCCACGUACCUCAACAUCUGGACAUGGAAGACCUUGAAACGAGAAUUUGCGAUAUUUUUGUGCGUGAUCAUUUAUCAGAAACCUUCAUUAUUACGAUAAGGAUCCCCAUAGAAUAAAAUAAAAUUAAAUCCUCGCUCACAUCCUAACCAAAUAUGUCUGGCUGAAUCAUUUUUCGAUCGAUCAUUGACCCCUUGAACAAUCAAAACCGAUAGACAAACUGCAUCCCAUCGUGCGUUACGAUCAUCGAUCAAAUGCAGACUCUUUAGACGAAACUGACAGGCCAAACUAAACGAAGAUGGCAGGCUUUAAGGGAUUUUUCCCUAAUUUCCAAUUCAUCGGCUACGUCUCCAUUUUAUUUCGUCCAAACAUCUCAUAUCCAAUAUAAAUUUAACAAAAACUUCAUAACUUCAACUUUGAAAAUAUUAUUACUUCGAGAAAACUGAAUACAAGAGAUUCAACUUUCAGCGCAUUGUUCGAAAUCGUAUGAUGAACAAAAAUCGGUGCGCAUGUUCAACAGUCUACGGGAAAUAUGCGAGAAAAAUUCCGCGUUUAACGUCUGGUAUCAGUGGCGUGUAUAUGAUGCAGUUCGUUGGUGUGCGGCCACGUGCUUGCGAGCACAUGGCGCGAGCAUGUGGCAUUACAGCUGUUUAUGACUUGCCACAUGGAAUGGGAAAACACACACAGUAUCAUCUAAGCACCACCGACACAUUAAUACAUUAACCACAUGGGUCACGGCGGUUAGCUCUUUUGCCCCUACCCCACGCAUACGCAGUGACAUUCCGUGUUCCUUAGCCACUUGAUUUACUCCUGUAUUCAUUCUCCUUGGGUCACUUCUUUCUACAGUCAAUCUUGUUCCUUGUUCUUAUCAGCAAUUUCACAAGACCCGGCGCAGAAAUGUCUAAAUGUCUAAAUUAUGGUUAAAUGUUAAAAUGAGAUAACGCGAGGUUCACCCAUGAAUUCUCGUCCCAUUUGAAAUGGAUUUGGAACACAUUAUACCUUCAUUCUCAUUAAACUGUGCUUCUAAGCCUCCCUACAGAACUUGCCUAAAUUUACUGCGAAAUUUUCCUGGAUUUAGUCAAGGAUUUCACUAGAUCUUAUUUCUAUCUAAAGCGGAAGGAUAAUGAAAACUGAUUCAACCAGCUUUCCUUACAUACUUGUAAUUAUACAAAUGUACAAUGCAUCUAUUUUACAUCUAUUGAUCAAUCAAAGUAGCUUCGAAUUCAAACAACACAAAGCUCAAAAUUUUCAAAGCCUAAAAAUAUACCAUGAAAUACCUCUUAGUUUUCUUUCAGUCUCUAAUUUUAAUGUUAGUUUAUUAUCUUAAUUUUAUUUAAGUAUUUCCUUUAAUUUAAUUCAUGGACCGUUAGAUAGAGUGGUAGAUACUUUUUCGGAGAAGUUAUAUUGCGUGGUAAUUAUAAGAAUAUGGUAUCCGUAAAUAAAUGUCCAAAAAAGUUACUAUGUCGUUGUAUAUAUACAUAUGUAGUCAUUUAUAGAAAUAAAUACAGAAUGUGGUUUUAAAUAGUGCUAGGUGACUAUGUAAGUCUAGUUCGGAAGGAAUAUGAAAUGAAAAUCUUUGCCUUUCAAAGUUUUUGUUCUUUAUUAAAUUUAGUUUGAAAUUUUAUGUGAUUUAUUUUUGGCUUUUAUUUAUUUUCAAAUAAUUAAAAUUAUUUUAUUAGGCGAAGAAAGGAAAAUGUGUAAUAUUUUGUUUCUAAUUAAAAUUUGGUUUAUCUUUUUCUAUAAAUGUUCCUUACAAUUCUUCAAAACGCGAUUUGAAAAACAAUAGAUAAUUGAGUAAUCAAAGAUGAUCUUUAAUCUUUUGGUCACUUCAGCUUGGCUAAAAAUUGAAAAAUUAAUGAAUGAACUAAAAUCUUUAGAAUUAAACGAAAAAAAACGAAAGAGGCGAUUUGAAGUAUGUCUUCCGAAAAAGAAUUGUGUGAUUUUAUGGUGAGGUAUUUCAAGCUAACCAGGAAUUGUUUGUUCUGUCUCUAUUUAUGAUAGAGAGAUACUUCGCGGAUUUGAAAUCAAUAAAAACGUUUGCCUCCCAUAGUUUGAUGUUGUAAAAAUUAUCAAUAGGUACAGAUGAGUGACCAAUACGACAAUACUUUAUGGGUAUUUUAAACUGUCCUUAAAUUCUUUUCACCAUAUAUUAUCAGAUAAAAACAUAGUUACAAACUUGUUCUCACUAAAUACUACUUGUCUUUCUGCAAGUUAGAUAAUCCUGUUUUUGGUAUUUGAUCUUAAAUAUUAUUUUCUUAAGGUAAAGCCAAAUUAUUUUUUACUGCAAUUAAUCUAAUCAAAAAUUCUUAUCAAAUCUUGGAAGGAAACCAUGAAAAAUAGAUAAAAUAACUGAAAUCAGGAAACUAAAUAUUACUGAAGCAGGAAUAAACUAUUAAUGAAAUAUUUUUUUUAAUUUGAUCUCUUACAUCAGAUAGUUUUCUCAUUUUAAUAGUAAUGUAAGACCGUCUAAUUAAAAAUAAUCUAGCGUCCUUGAUAUGAAUAAAAAAAAAAAAAAAUUGUCAUAAAUUUUAUAUCUCAUUUGAUGCAAAAAUAUGUGCAUAAAAAAUUAUAAUACAUUUUUUGUUACAUUUUAGUUUGUCGGAAAGGUCCCCAAAGAGUAUUUGUCGUAUUGGUAUCUCGUGCGGAAAAUCAAAACGUUUCUGCUUGAAAAAGAAGGAAGCAGUUGUGAUAUUUUCAAUUGUUUAUUUCAUUUGAAAUCGAGUCUAAUGCGUAAGAGAAAAAUCUUGGGUUCAUUUUUACUCUUAAGUUUCUGUGCAUAGGUUUUUUGUUUGGUUCAACCUUUGUUCUUCUGCUCAGUCGUAAAUGAAUAAAAUGUAGGGAUAUUGCAGGAUAUACUGGAAGGAAAUUAUAUUUGAGUUGAGGCCACUGAUAUCACCUAUUGAAGUCCCUUGUAGAACAUAUUAGAAUACAGAAAGGUUUUAAUAUUUUUGGCUGUUUUAAUAAUAGUUUCUAGGUGUAAUUUAGGUGUAGAUACGUAUAAAUAACAUGUUUACAAUGAUCUUUUCAAGUAGCAGUUUAAAUACAAUUUACAGUGAUGCAAGUAGAAGGUAGGUCUAAAACACUCUUAGGACGCAGUAAGGAUAUUGAAUUUUAAAUUAGGAAUUUAUUCAAUGAGGUCGAGAAUAAUGAAAAUAAUAUUAACUUCUGAAAAGUCUAAACAUUGAACAAUAAAAGGGCAAUAACGAGGGAAAGAGUGAAAUGAUGAACUGUUGUUGCAAUCAUAUUGAAAAUUAAACAUGAUCUUUUCUACUCCUAAGUAAAACAUAACACAACAAACAGAUUCUCGUAAUGUACUUAGUAGUUGUAUAAAUGUCAUCAGAUAAAAAUGAUAAAAAUUUUAUCUGACAACAACUUAAAACACCAGUUUAGACAAAAGUUAAGCUAAUAAAUAUGCAGAUCUGAAUUUUAGAUGAUAUAAUCUGGUAAUUUCAGCUUUUUCUUAUAAUUUUCAUUUGACCCGUAUUACCCUUUUUCUAUGACAUCCACCAGAAAAAUAAAUAAAAUUCCAACCUCUUCCUAAAUAUACACAAUACUAACACCAAAUGUCGUAACAAUAUUUAGAGUAGUCAUAAAUAAUUAACAUAUUCUAAUUGUAAAAAAAAAAUGCAAAAAUAUGUAAAUUUCUCUAAAAAGCAUGUUAACUAAUCGGAAAAAUCCUCAAACAUGGCUUUGCUGUCAACUAAAACUAUUGCUAGCCAAGACAAGAUGUUUAUCGAAUUUGCUACGCUCCCAUUAAUGUCUUAUUUUAAAUGACUUUAAUUCCUUGUUUCCAUCCCAAUGUUCGCAUCCAGUAAAUUCGCUUAAAUCAUAAACACGCUUUCAUACAUUUUUUUAUAAUUUAAAAGGAAUAUAUAUUCAUUGUAUUGACUUUUUUUUCACGUGCAAGGUUUAUAGGCCUCUAAGAGUCAUGUUGCUCUGAUUCUGUUCUUUUUAUUAUUACCAUUAUCAUUUUAAGUCUUUGCUCAAUGGCACAAUUCUAUGUUUGAUUUUUGUUUCUUUCUUUUUAAAUAUUUAUUACUUAGACUCUGCAAAAAUAUGUGUAAUAUAGAAUGUUUCUUAAAUUGAAGAAUUAUAAUUAUGAAUUUUUAACCAAAAAUUGUUUUUAAAUUUCAUCGAAAAUGUUUUAAAAAUAUUUAAUUUUAUUUCUUUUGCUCUAUAAAAGGUUUUCAUUUAUUCAAAAAAAAAAGUUCUGCUAUUGAAUUUAGUUGAAAAUUCAUUUUACAUAUUUUGAUUGGCAUUUAUAUUUCCCUAGAUUGAACUGCGAAUAUGACAAAGUGUACUUUUAUAGUAGAAAUCAAAUUUCGUUGUUCAAAAUUAUAUUAAACCAUAAAAAAAAGGAAAACAUAUUUCUGUUCUGUAAAAUUUUCAAUCCAAAUGUAAAUAAAUUUUCCUACAAAAAAAAAUAUUGCCUAUAGUAAUACCAAUAGUUCUUAUAUAAAAUUGAAACUCUUUGUGCUAUCCACUGAACGUGAAAAACUGUGUGAAAUAUUGUUUCAAGAACACCAAAAAAAUGUUCAAUUGCAAAUUGAGAUUUGUGUUGCAUCCAAACUGCUAUUGCACUUCCCUGGUCCCUUACGUUGUAAUCAACUAUCGUAUGAAAUGCUUAAAAAUCAUUUAUUUUUGUUUGGCGGAUAAUUUUUUAAAAAAAAUUCAAGCCUCUAAUUCUUUUUGCUUUGCGUGAAAUUAAUAAUUUACGACUGAUUAUUUUCAUGGAAAAGGGAAAACUAGUAUUUCAAUAUGGAUAAUAUACCAUGGCCUUUGUCCAUUUACUAUCAACUUGACCUGAAUUGAUUGAAAAUUUAUUUAAAUAUUAUCGUUUAGAGAGUCAUAUUUUUGUUUCGUCAUGCUUUUCACUAGUGUCAUUUUUUCAUGAACUCAAGUUUAUCUUCUUAGUCCAAACGAACUAAUGAGUAAAGAGCCUCAUACCAAAAAAUUUCAUUUAUCAGAUUAAAUUAUCUAAAAAAAACGCAAUUAAUGUAUGAAUUACAAUUUUUAUUGAUUACUUUCGGUUAAAAAUUCCAUUCACGAAACUCGUUGGAAAGUGCCUUCAAAUAGAUUUAUAGAGUUCUCAACUGACUUGUACAAUAUAAGUUUCACAGAAAGAUAGUGUAUUAUUAGCGGAUUGGAGUAAUCUUUUCAUUUCAAGAUAAAACAACAACAACUUACAAAUACCAGAGCAUUCAAAUCGAGAGAACGUCAGUAAUAUAUAGACUUCAUAGACUAAUUUUAUACUCCUUCUAUUGAAUCUUCACAAAAAGCUCAAUAAUAUUUCUCAGAUAAAAGUUACUUUUUUUCUCAUUAUAACUUUCUUCUUCACGCUCUAAAGCGCAUUAUACUCAGCAAAAUUUGAAAGAAAUCAAUUUAGCUGAAUUUAUAAUGAAACAAUUCCAUGCAUUAGAGGAGUUAUAAACUAAUUUCUCACCUUCUUUUUCCCUAAAAUCGUUCCCUUGUAAGUUUCCGAUUAAAUAUCGGAGCAAACAUAAAUACUGUGGGAGUAAUGGCAAAACAGAACUACUAUUUUUUAUGUAAAACAUCAAUUGAAGGAAUAAAAUUUAAUAAAAUACCUACCCAACACUACUUAUAAUAUAUAACUAUAUAUUACUACUAUAUAUAUUAACGUUUGAAGAAAAUAAACAAGAAGAAAAUUUAUAGUACUACAUGAUUUAUGACAAGAAGAUAUUAAAAUGAUUAAUAAUAAUAUUAUAAUGAUAUAUUUGAAAAUAAUUUUUUGAAACAAACAAGAAAUAACGAUAUGAUUAUAUAUAUACAAGAAGAAAUGCAUGAAUGUUUAAUA